AUGAUGAAAGACGAUGCCACAUCCAAACAUUCUCGACAAGAAGCCUUGGUCGCUGACAGGGCUUCAAGUGGUGAUGAAGUCGACAUGCCAACAUCAUCUACAAGUCAGCAGGAUGGGAAAGACAGCGACGCGGAGAGCAUUGGCGGGCAGAGAAACACCAUGUCACGAAAGCGUAUGCUGCUGGCCUUCUCUGCCUUGUCGGUGUGUCUUUUUGUCUCCUUCAUCGACCAGACCAGCGUCUCGACGGCGGUCCCGGCGAUUGCAGGCGACCUGGAUACCGGCACGGCGACGUCAUGGAUUGGGACGUCGUUCCUUAUCGCCUCUACCGCCUUCCAGCUUAUCAACGGGCGUCUAUCUGACCUUUUCGGGCGCAAGAAUCUUCUCAUGAUAUGCCUGGUGUUAAUGGCUCUCGGAGAUAUUCUCUGCGGGUUCUCGAAAACGAAAGAGCAGUUGUUUGCUUUUAGGGCUAUCGCAGGUAUUGGGGGUGGCGGGAUCAACAGCAUUGUGAUGAUCAUCGUCAGUGAUAUCACGACAUUGGAGAAUCGAGGAAAAUACCAAGGUGUCCUUGGAGCUGUUCUAGCUCUCGCAAACGGAGUUGGUCCCUUCGUUGGCGGUGCGGUCGUUCAGAAGUCGACCUGGCGAUGGGUUUUCUGGAUGGUUCCAAUCAUCAGUGCCCCGGCAGCUCUCACGAUUCUCUUCUGCUUGCCUUUGAAACACCAAUCCGGCAGUUACGCUGAGAAGAUUAAAAAGAUUGAUUACGGUGGCAUAGUACUUAACAUGGCUUCGGUCCUAUUGCUUCUCAUCCCGCUAUCUGGCGGCGGUGUGACGUACCCAUGGUCAUCGCCAUUUGUUAUUUCAGCCGUCACUAUAGGUGGUGUGCUAGGAGUUCUGUUUGUGCUUUUUGAAUGGAAGCUCGCAAAACUACCCAUCAUGCCUUUGCGCCUGUAUCAGGCGCCACAUUGCAGUUGUCUGUACGGGCAAACAUUUCUCAUGGGCCAGGCAUACUUUGGCAAUCUGUUCUACUUUCCGAUCUACUUUCAGUCUAUUCUCAAAUACUCUCCGCUUGUUGCUGGAGCGCUUAUUCUGCCCGUUAUCCUCUCAACGUCGGUGCUCUCUAUCCUCUCUGGGCAGUAUAUGCUCCGUGUCGGACGCUACAUGCCCUGCAUUCUCGCAGGCUUCUUUCUCUGGACGCUCGGUAACGGUCUUACUAUCAUGUUUGACCGCGAUACUGGACUAGGAGAACUCAUUGGACUGCUCAUCAUCGUCGGUUCAGGCAUUGGACUCACUCUACAGCCGACGUUGGUAGGGAUGUACGCCAAUUCCCGCAGCGAGGACCGAGCUGUGACUACCGGCUUGCGAAACUUCAUCCGGACCAUCGGCGGCGCUUUCGGUCUUGUUAUAUCAGGAGUCAUUCUGUCAAACACUUUGAGAAAAGAGUUGCGUGGGAAGGAUUUCGUUACAGAUGAUGUGAUUGCAGAGCUCACGUCUUCGACAUAUGCGCUAGACGAGAAGGGAUUCUCUGAAGAAGAGAAGACAGUCAUUUUGAAGGCAUACAUGGAGGGAUUGCAUUACAUCUUCAUUUACUACGUUGUAUGCUCUGGCAUCAGUCUGGUCCUUACUCUGGGCGUGGGAAACACCAGUUUGAAGGCGAAGAAGCCAGCAUCUGAAGAGGCAUCAGACGAAGGCCCCUCGCAAUCGACACCUAUCGAACUUGAGGGCGAGAAGAAGGACAGCCAUUGA